AUGGCACGAAUUGCCGAGAUUUUCCCAUGGCCCUACCAGUUUCUUUUCAUGAUUCUUGAGCCGAGCGUGAUUUUCGCGUCCCUUACAUUGAUUCCAACAUCGCCGUCUAACCACUUCCACUCCCUUGCCCCGAUCGAUAGUGCAGGACCUUUCUGGUCGCCCUCUCCUCUAUACAAACCAUGCGACGCCGAAUCGGCAUGGAACACCCCGCAACUCCGCGCCCUCUGGUAUGCAUUCAUCGCCGCCCUCAGCUUCAGUGGUGUUAUUGAGCCGAUGCUUCUGUACCUGGCUCGGUAUAAGCUGCGAGACACUCGUGACGCGGAGGACGUGAUAAAGACGGUUUUGUUUGCAUUUAUCGCGUUUGAUGUUUUCCAUGCAGGCGCUACGUUGGCUGUCACGGGUGCAGCGGCUGUUCUUCCUGGACCACAGGGGCAUAUCUAUGCCAUGGUCAACGUUUGGGUCCCCGUGGCGUGGUUGGUUCUACGAAUGUUGUGGCUAGUGGGUGUUGGGAGGAAGUCGGCUACCAAUGCAACAAAGAGGGAGUGA